CGGGCGGGGGAGGAAGAGAGUUGAGGCCGGAGUGGAUGGAAGGGGACCGGGGUUUCUGCCGCGCAGGGAGCCGCGAGCCAGGGCGAUGGCGCUAAGGACGGCGCGGAGCAGCUGCGCUCCCGGGAACGCGUCUCCUCGCGGAGGACCCGCCAGCGUCGGGAAGGUCUGCGCGAAGAGAGACCAACUUGUGGCUCCAAAAUGCACCCGACGCAGCUGGAAAUGAGAUCAAAGCUGCAGUUUCCUUCGAGAAGGAGGCGAGGAGCCCGCGAUUAGGGAUUUAACAAAAUUCUCAACCUCCUUCGUUCCAUUUUCUAUUUUCCUUUUUUUCUUUCCUUAUUAUUACGAUUUCUAAAUUUGCCUCACACCCCGUCGGUCCCCCUCACUUCGCCUUGCCCGUUUGAAAUAAAAGCCCAGUUUGAACUUCUUUCGCCGCGGCGCCCCCGGAUGCGCUGCCCGCUGAUGGAGGAGAAGGGGACCCCGGGGCUGGCGGGGGCCACCGGCGAGGGACCGCGUCACGCGUCUCCCCCGUGAUCCCGGCGCUGAUCGCGGAGUUCUGCAACACCUGGAGGAUCUGGACCGGGUGCCGGGGGUGGGGGCGGGGACAGAGGAAACGAAAGCCACCCCGAGCCUUAAAAAAAAGAAGAAGAAAAAAAAAAAAAGUAGCGGGGGGGUUGGGGACAGGAAUGGGUUUCUUCUUGACAGCUGACGGAGCCUUGAAAUUUUCCUCCACUACCCCCGCCCCCGCCCCCGCCCCCCGCACUCCAUUUAACGUGAGAUUAUGAAAUUGCAGAGGCGGUGGAGGGAAGGAGACAGGAUAUAACAGGGAGUUUGGAGGGAGAGGGGAAGGUGGCUGGCCGGGUGGCUGAAAUCAAAAAUCCAAUUGCGCACUGGGUUGUGAUGAGAAAUCUAAUCAGAUCUUUGGAGAAGGGGCCGGCCGGAAGGGUGGCGAGUGGGGGGAGUUGAUCCCCAAAUUCUUCGAAGGGGGAGCAAGGGGUGAGGAAUCAAUGAUGUAAAAGGAGACUUUUGCGGUGGCGGUGGCGGUUGGGUGCCUUGCAAAAAUGAAGGAUGCGGGACGCAGCUCUCUCUUGGAACCGAACGCCGUGGAUAAACUGAUUGUGCAAGAGAAAAGGAAGGAGGAAGCUUUUCCUUGUGAGACCUGGAUCUUAACACAAAUGUGUAUAUGUGCCCACAGGCAGCCUUGAAAAAUGAAAUAAACCAGUGUCGGACCCACGGGGCUUGGUGUGUUCUGACAUAAAUAAAUAAUAAUAAAACAGCUGCCCCCCCCCUCCCCAAAGGAUGAUUGGAAAUGGAGAACGGAGGAUCCACAAAGAAAAAGUAUGUUCGUUUUUCUCUAUAAAGGAGAAAGUAAGCCAAGGAGAUAUUUUUGGAAUUGAAAGUUUGGGGCUUUUUUUUUUUAGGAAAGUAAAGACCUGCUAUGGUGGUGUUUUCUCUUCUUUUUGAAUUUCCCACAAGAGGAGAGGGAAUUAAUAAUACAUCUGCAAAGAAAUUUCGGAGAAGAAAAGUUGACCGCGGCAGAAUGAGGCAUUGAUUGGGGGAGACAAACCAGCAGAGAGCACAGUUGGAUUUGUGCCUAUGUUGACUAAAAUUGAUGGAUAAUUGCAGUUGGAUUUUUCUUCAUCAACCUCCCCCCCCACCUUUUUUUUUUCUUUCUUUCUUUCUUUUUGGUGUCAAGAUCAUGCGUUUUCGCUUGUUCUUAACCACCUGGAUUUCCAUCUGGAUGUUGCUGUGAUCAGUCUGAAAUACAAUUGGCAAACACGUUGCCUGUUUACAGCAUAGAGACCACAAUGGAGAGCUAGCUUAGAAACAGCCUUCAUGUUCCCAGCCUGACACCAGAGAUGACUCUCCUUGGGAUCCACUUCUCUUACUAUUUGAACUCCAGAAGGACCAACACCAGAUAAAUUAUGAAUGUUGAACAAGAUGACCUUACAUCCACAGCAGAUAAUGAUAGGUCCUAGGUUUAACAGGGCCCUAUUCGACCCCCUGCUUGUGGUGCUGCUGGCUCUUCAACUUCUUGUGGUGGCUGGUCUGGUGCGGGCUCAAACCUGCCCUUCUGUCUGCUCCUGCAGCAACCAGUUCAGCAAGGUGAUUUGCGUCCGGAAAAACCUACGUGAGGUUCCAGAUGGGAUCUCCACCAACACUCGACUGCUGAACCUCCAUGAGAACCAAAUCCAGAUCAUCAAAGUGAAUAGCUUCAAGCACUUGAGGCACCUGGAAAUCCUACAAUUGAGUAGGAAUCAUAUUAGAACAAUUGAAAUUGGGGCCUUCAAUGGUCUGGCAAACCUCAAUACUCUGGAACUCUUUGACAAUCGUCUUACCACCAUCCCAAAUGGAGCUUUUGUAUAUUUGUCUAAACUGAAGGAGCUCUGGUUGAGAAACAACCCCAUUGAAAGCAUUCCUUCUUAUGCUUUUAACAGAAUCCCCUCUUUGCGCCGACUAGACUUAGGGGAAUUGAAAAGGCUUUCAUACAUCUCAGAAGGUGCCUUUGAAGGUCUGUCCAACUUGAGAUAUUUGAACCUUGCCAUGUGCAACCUCCGUGAAAUCCCUAACCUUACACCUCUCAUAAAACUAGAUGAGCUGGAUCUUUCUGGGAAUCACUUGUCGGCCAUCAGGCCUGGCUCUUUCCAGGGACUGAUGCACCUUCAAAAACUGUGGAUGAUACAGUCCCAGAUCCAAGUGAUCGAACGGAAUGCCUUUGAUAACCUUCAGUCACUAGUGGAGAUAAACUUGGCACACAACAAUCUAACAUUACUGCCUCAUGACCUCUUCACACCCUUGCAUCAUCUAGAGCGGAUACACUUACAUCACAACCCUUGGAACUGUAACUGUGACAUACUUUGGCUCAGCUGGUGGAUAAAAGACAUGGCCCCCUCCAACACAGCUUGUUGUGCUCGAUGUAACACCCCUCCCAAUCUGAAAGGGAGGUACAUCGGGGAGCUUGACCAGAAUUAUUUCACAUGCUAUGCUCCUGUGAUUGUGGAGCCCCCAGCUGACCUCAAUGUCACUGAGGGCAUGGCAGCUGAGUUGAAAUGUCGGGCCUCCACGUCCCUGACCUCUGUAUCGUGGAUUACUCCAAAUGGAACGGUCAUGACACAUGGGGCAUACAAAGUGAGGAUAGCUGUGCUCAGUGACGGCACGUUAAAUUUCACGAAUGUAACCGUACAAGAUACAGGCAUGUACACAUGUAUGGUGAGUAAUUCCGUUGGAAAUACCACUGCUUCAGCCACCCUGAAUGUUACUGCAGCAACCACUACUCCCUUCUCUUACUUUUCAACCGUCACAGUAGAGACUAUGGAACCUUCUCAGGAUGAGGCACGGACCACAGAUAACAACGUGGGCCCCACUCCAGUGAUCGACUGGGAGACCACCAACGUGACCACCUCUCUCACGCCACAGAGCACAAGGUCAACAGAAAAAACAUUCACCAUCCCAGUGACCGAUAUAAACAGUGGGAUCCCAGGAAUUGAUGAGGUCAUGAAGACCACCAAAAUCAUCAUUGGCUGUUUUGUGGCCAUCACACUCAUGGCUGCGGUGAUGCUGGUCAUUUUCUACAAGAUGAGGAAGCAGCACCAUCGGCAAAACCAUCACGCCCCUACAAGAACUGUUGAAAUCAUUAAUGUGGAUGAUGAGAUUACAGGAGACACGCCCAUGGAAAGCCACCUGCCCAUGCCUGCUAUUGAGCAUGAGCACCUAAAUCACUAUAACUCUUACAAAUCUCCCUUCAACCACACAACAACAGUUAACACAAUAAAUUCAAUACACAGUUCAGUGCAUGAACCGUUAUUGAUCCGAAUGAACUCUAAAGACAAUGUACAAGAGACUCAAAUCUAAAACAUUUACAGAGUUACAGAAAACAAACAAUAAAAAAAAGACAGUUUAUUAAAAAUGACACAAAUGACUGGGCUAAAUCUACUGUUUCAAAAAAGUGUCUUUACAAAAAAAACAAAAAAGAAAAGAAAUUUAUUUAUUAAAAAUUCUAUUGUGAUCUAAAGCAGACAAAAUUAUGUGUAUUCCUCAGAACCUGUUUUUGCUGCACUUAUUUACUAUUUUCCCACAUUUCAUCCCUGCCUACCCUGGUUGCCAUAUUUUUCAUAGGACAUCUCAAGUCCCUAAAGAACUGGCCUAGGAAAUUUUGUAAGAAUUCUGUUACACUUUGAGAUUUUUAUGGUGAAUUCUAGUGGUGAGAUCCAGUCUAUUUUGUCUUUCUUUCUUUUUUUUCCCCUUUCCUUUUUUUUUCCUCAUGCCCUUAUCAAGUAGUCCAAUGGGGAAUGCAAUAUUAGAAAUAGAUUUUUAAGAGAAAACGAGAUAAAAAAAAAUGCAAGAUCUUAUAUUUUUCAUGUAAUGACCUGUUCUGUAUUUAUGAGGAGAACCAUUCAAUGGCCAAGCAAAAAGAAAAAAAAAAGAAAAAAAAAAGAGAAAAAAAAGAAAAAAAAAACGUAAGCAAACAACAGAUUAAUUUACAUAUGAGCAUCUAUAAAACCCAUGAUCUUUUAAACAACUCUAGAACCAGAAUUUGUAGUUCAAAAACUAAAAAAAAUAAGGUUAUAAAUAAAAUAUUGUUGGUUUUUCUGUACCUGGACACAACUCAUUUGUAGUAUGGCUCAAAUGUGAGAAACUUGAAGGUAAUUAGAUUUUCUACUUUCUAAGAAAGAAACAAAUUAUUGUAUUCUUCAGUCACAGCAUCAAUCUCUAUGGGGUCCUAUUUCAUUAGCUGACUUGAGUGUUGGAUCUAUAUUCAGGGAUGCUGUGGUAUUUUUUUUCCUUCUCAUUAGGAUCACCCUUUGUAGAAUGCUCAGAUUAAAAAAAUAAUGAUUUUGUGAAGUAAAUUCAAUUCCACUUGGAAGAAAGUUUCAGUAUAAUUUAUUCACUGUCUCCUAAGUAAAAUUCUACUGGCUAGCUAAAGUAUAACAAGAGAAUGUGAAGGUAUUCUAAAUUAUCCAAGUUGAAAAAUAAUUUUUGGUGCUAUCAGCAAAUUCCAUUCAAUUCCACAAUAACUAAUGCCCUUCUAUGUUUUAAACACUGAUCUUAGUGCCGUGGGUACACAAUGGACAAGACCUGCUUCAUGUCCUUAAGUCACACAUGAUCUGUAUGAAAUAUGAUUAAAGAAAUUUCAGCUUA